AAAAAGGAAAAAGAACAGGAGAUAAAAAUGAGAGAAAAUGAAAAAAUGGAAUGUACUUUCUUUUUUUUUCUCUCUUUCUAAUCCCAAAGCAAUAUCGUCCAAAGGACAAUGCUAUAUAUUUCUCCGCAAAAUCUUGAAACCAAAAUUUCUCGAUCUGCAGAUCAAUCGAAAAUUUUCUUAGUUUCUUUCUAUCUUUGCUGUAAGCUGAAGAAAUGGGACUUCUUAGUAUCAUUCGGAAAAUCAAGAGAAAAGAAAAGGAAAUGCGAAUCCUUAUGGUUGGGCUUGAUAAUUCAGGGAAGACCACAAUUGUUUUGAAGAUUAACGGAGAGGAUACAAGCGUAAUUAGUCCCACUCUUGGUUUCAACAUCAAAACCAUCACAUACCAGAAAUAUACUCUGAAUAUAUGGGAUGUAGGUGGUCAAAGAACUAUAAGAUCAUAUUGGAGGAACUAUUUUGAGCAAACAGAUGGUUUGGUUUGGGUUGUUGAUAGCUCAGAUCUUAGAAGAUUAGAUGAUUGCAAAAUGGAACUGGAUAAUCUUCUAAAGGAAGAGAGAUUAUCAGGAGCAUCUUUGUUGAUACUAGCAAACAAACAGGAUAUAAAAGGUGCUCUUACACCAGCUGAAAUUGCUAAAGUGCUGAACCUGGAAGCUAUGGAUAAAACUCGGCAUUGGAAAAUUGUAGGGUGUAGUGCAUAAACUGGUGAAGGGCUUCUUGAGGGAUUCGAUUGGUUGGUGCAAGAUGUUGCCUCGCGGAUUUACAUGCUUGACUAGCCUGAAUCUGAUUG